AUGAGAGAGGUAGUUAGUUUGAACGUCGGCCAGGCGGGUUGCCAAAUCGCAAACUCCUGUUGGGAACUGUAUUGCCUGGAACAUGGCAUUCAGCCCGAUGGAUACCUGACUGAAGAAAGAAAAGCUGCCGACCCUGAUCAAGGAUUUAAUACUUUCUUUUCUGAAACAGGCCAGGGAAAAUAUGUUCCCCGAACCAUCUACUGCGAUCUUGAGCCAAAUGUCGUCGACGAAGUCCGCACCGGUCCGUACCGUGCGCUUUUCCACCCAGAACAGAUGAUCACUGGAAAGGAGGAUGCAUCCAACAACUAUGCUCGCGGCCAUUAUACCGUGGGUAAGGAGAUGAUUGAUCAGGUUCUGGACAAAGUCCGCCGUGUGGCAGAUAACUGCGGCGGUCUUCAGGGCUUUUUGGUCUUCCAUUCCUUUGGAGGCGGAACGGGAUCCGGCUUUGGUGCACUUCUUAUGGAGCGUCUGUCCGUGGACUACGGCAAGAAGACAAAGCUGGAAUUCUGCGUCUACCCUGCCCCCCAGAACGCCACUUCCGUUGUCGAACCGUACAACUCGAUCCUCACAACGCACACGACUCUGGAACAUUCAGACUGCAGUUUCAUGGUGGAUAAUGAGGCAAUCUACGACAUUUGCCGCCGGAACUUGGGUAUCGAGAGACCAAGCUAUGACAACCUGAACCGCCUCAUGGCUCAAGUCGUUUCCUCAAUUACUGCAUCUCUCCGAUUCGAUGGCUCCUUAAACGUCGAUCUGAACGAGUUCCAGACCAACUUGGUGCCCUAUCCUCGUAUCCACUUCCCACUCGUUGCGUAUGCCCCAGUCGUGUCUGCUGCAAAGGCGUCUCAUGAGUCCAACUCCGUCAUGGAGGUAACCAUGUCUUGCUUUGAACCUAAUAACCAGAUGGUCAAGUGCGACCCCCGCAACGGCAAAUAUAUGGCGACUUGUCUUCUGUACCGUGGAGAUGUUGUACCCAAGGAUGUACAUAGUGCCGUGGCGACAUUGAAGACGAAGAGUACAAUCCAAUUCGUUGACUGGUGCCCUACCGGUUUCAAGAUUGGUAUCUGCUACCAGCCUCCCCAGAUGGUGCCUAAUGGCGACCUCGCUAAAGUCAACCGCGCUGUGUAA